GCGGGGCUCGCUGCCAGCAGGCCCCGGCACUCCGAUAACUCCGCGCCCAGUGCACCGCCGCAGCAUGGGGUCCCGCCACUUCGAGCUGAUUUUUGACCACGUGGGGCACUACGGCAGAUUCCAGAAAGUCCUCUAUUUAAUAUGUGCCUUCCAGAACAUCUCCUGUGGUAUUCACUACUUGGCUUCUGUGUUCAUGGGAGUUGCCCCUUAUCAUGUCUGUAGGCCCCCAGGCAAUGUGAGUCGGGUUGUUUUCCACAAUCACUCUAACUGGAGCUUGGAGGACUCUGGGGCCCUGUUGUCUUCAGGCCAUAAAGAUUAUGUUGCAGUGCAGUUGCAGAAUGGUGAGAUCUGGGAGCUCUCAAGGUGUAGCAGGAGCAAGAGGGAGAACACAUCAAGUUUGGACUAUGAAUACACUGGCAGUAAGAAAGAGUUUCCUUGUGUGGAUGGCUACAUAUAUGACCAGAACAAAUGGAAAAGCACCGCAGUGACCCAAUGGAACCUGGUCUGUGACCGAAAAUGGCUUGCAAUGCUGAUCCAGCCCCUAUUUAUGUUUGGAGUCCUACUGGGAUCGGUGACUUUUGGCUACUUUGCUGACAGGCUAGGACGCCGGGUGGUCUUGUGGGCCACAAGCAGCGGCAUGUUUUUGUUUGGAAUAGCGGCGGCGUUUGCAGCUGAUUAUUACACCUUCAUGGCCGCUCGCUUUUUUCUUGCCAUGGUUGCAAGUGGUUAUCUCGUGGUGGGGUUUGUCUAUGUGAUGGAAUUCAUCGGCAUGAAGUAUCGAACUUGGGCGUCUGUCCAUAUGCAUACCUUUUUUGCAGCUGGAACCCUGCUGGUGGCUUUGACAGGAUACUUGGUCAGGACCUGGUGGCUUUACCAGAUGAUCCUCUCCACAGUGACUGUCCCCUUUAUCCUGUGCUGUUGGGUGCUCCCAGAGACACCUCUUUGGCUUCUCUCAGAGGGACGAUACGAAGAGGCACAAAAAAUAGUUGACAUCAUAGCCAAGUGGAACAGGACAAGCUCCUGUAAACUGUCAGAACUUUUAUCGCUGGACCUACAAGGUCCUGUUGGUAAUAGCCCCGCUGAAGUUCAGAAGCACAACCUAUCAUAUCUGUUUUAUAACUGGAGCAUUGCGACAAGGACACUUACCGUUUGGCUAAUCUGGUUCACGGGGAGUUUGGGAUUCUACUCCUUCUCCUUGAAUUCUAUUAAUUUAGGAGGCAAUGAAUACUUAAACCUCUUUCUCCUGGGUGUAGUGGAAAUUCCUGCCUACACUUUCGUGUGCAUCGCCAUGGACAAGGUCGGGAGGAGAACAGUCCUGGUUUUCGCCCUUUUCUGCAGUGCACUGGCUUGUGGUGUCAUUAUGGUGAUCCCCCAGAAACAUUAUGUUUUGGGUGUGGCAACAGCUAUGGUUGGAAAAUUUGCCAUUGGGGCAGCGUUUGGCCUCAUUUAUCUUUAUACAGCUGAGCUGUAUCCAACCAUUGUAAGGUCGCUGGCUGUCGGAAGCGGCAGCAUGGUGUGCCGCCUGGCCAGCAUCCUGGCACCGUUCUCCGUGGACCUCAGGAGCAUUUGGAUCUUCAUACCACAGGUGUUUGUUGGAACUAUGGCCUUCCUCAGUGGAGUGUUAACACUGAAGCUUCCAGAAACCCUUGGGAAGCGACUGGCAUCUACUUGGGAGGAAGCUGCAAAACUGGAGUCAGAGAAUGAAAGAAAUUCAAGCAAAUUACUUCCCACAACUAAUAAUAUUGGGCUGGAAAAAACAGAAGCAAUAACCCCCAGGGAUUCUGGUCUUGGUGAAUAAAUAUGCUGUGCGUGCUGUCUCGCACCUGAAAUAUUAUUUACCUUACUGCUUUUGUAUUCGAGAAACCUUAUUCUCAUCUUCCACAUGUUGUUUGUAUGUCUUUUUAAUAAAUUUUGUAAGAAAGUUUUAAAGCAAAUGUGUUAUAAAAGAAAUAAAAACUAAGAUGAAAAUUCUCAUUU